AUGAGAGAAAUUAUUCAUAUAUCUACUGGUCAAUGUGGUAAUCAAAUCGGUGCUGCCUUCUGGGAAACCAUCUGUGGUGAACAUGGUCUAGACUUCAACGGCAAUUUGAAAUCCACUGCCACAGACUUACAAAGAGAUAAACUGGGUGUCUAUUUUAACGAAGCCUCCUCUGGCAAAUAUGUCCCAAGAUCCAUCAACGUGGAUUUAGAACCAGGAACCAUAGACGCCGUCAAAAACUCUAAUAUCGGUAACCUCUUCAGACCAGAUAACUACAUCUUCGGCCAAUCCUCUGCUGGUAAUGUCUGGGCAAAAGGUCACUACACUGAAGGUGCAGAGCUUGUCGAAUCCGUCAUGGACGUCAUCAGAAGAGAAGUAGAAGGCUGUGAUUCUCUACAAGGUUUCCAAAUCACUCAUUCCCUAGGUGGUGGUACUGGGUCUGGUAUGGGUACCCUUUUGAUCUCCAAGAUUAGAGAAGAGUUCCCAGACAGAAUGAUGGCCACUUUCUCCGUCUUACCAUCCCCAAAAACCUCAGAUACCGUGGUGGAACCUUAUAACGCAACUUUGUCCGUCCACCAAUUGGUGGAACAUUCUGAUGAAACCUUCUGUAUCGACAACGAGGCCCUAUACGAUAUCUGUCAAAGAACUCUAAGAUUAAAUCAGCCUUCCUAUGUCGAUCUGAAUAACCUGGUCUCCCGUGUCAUGUCCGGUGUCACCACCUCGCUACGUUACCCAGGGCAAUUGAACUCAGACUUGAGAAAACUCGCUGUCAACUUGGUCCCCUUCCCACGUUUGCAUUUCUUCAUGGUCGGUUAUGCUCCCUUGACCGCCAUCGGUUCACAAUCCUUCAGAUCCUUGACCGUCCCAGAAUUAACCCAACAAAUGUUCGAUGCAAGAAACAUGAUGGCCGCGUCUGAUCCAAGAAAGGGAAGAUACUUGACUGUCGCCGCCUUCUUCAGAGGCAAUGUCUCCGUCAAGGAAGUAGAAGACGAAAUGCACAAGGUCCAAACAAGAAACAGCGAUUAUUUCGUGGAAUGGAUUCCAAACAACGUCCAGACCGCCGUGUGUUCCGUGGCCCCAAAGGAUCUUGACAUGGCCGCCACUUUCAUCGGUAAUUCCACCGCUAUCCAACAAUUGUUCAGACGUGUCGGCGACCAAUUCACUGCCAUGUUCAAAAGAAAAGCUUUCUUGCACUGGUACACAAGCGAAGGUAUGGAAGAGAUGGAGUUCACUGAAGCUGAAUCUAAUAUGAACGACUUGGUCAAUGAAUAUCAACAAUAUCAAGAGGCUACUGUAGAUGACGACGACAUCGACGAUGAUAUCGAUAACGAUGGCUUGAUUUCGGGUAAUAAUGACGAGAUGAAUGAUCACUACGCUACCACAAAUGAUGCUUUAAAUCAUGAUGAACAACCAAUGCAAGAGACUUUUAAUUAA